UCUCCUCCCUCCUACCACGAGCCACUUGGCGUUCUCUGUCGCUCUCUCUGUCGCUCAGACGCUCUUCAAUUUCCUACAAAGUACAAUUCGUGCUAACGAGGAACUUUUUGUCUGUGAUUGUUCAAGGGUGUGUAAGGCUUGAUCUCUUGAGAAGCGGCAUUCAACCAGUGAGCACUACUUGCGACCUUGUGUCGAAUGGUGAGAAGGUGAAGUCCAUUUCCUACUUUUGCCGUGGACCGAACCAUUAGCUGUUACAACCUCUUGGCUUAUGGGCUCCGCCACGGCCAAGCUCAUUCCGCUUCAUAUAAUUUUGCUUGGCCCUGUUGACUUGGCAUAUCUUGUUCAAGAAGGUCCUGUUUUCGCUUGGCGUUCUUUCUGCCAAGUUCUCCCGCGCGCUGCCAGUGAACGGGGAACAAGAAGCGCGAUCAAUGGUCGCCCCGUCGUGUUUCUGCAGCAACUUUGCUUGAAUGCUCGAAUGCUAAUCCACAGCGCAGACACUUCGCCCGUGAUUUAUGGAUAUGUCGCAAACAACACCACACAGAUAUUCAGGCGACAAGCGGCUCUGAUUCUUUGGUCUGAGUUCACUUGUUUGAAGACAAGGGAACCACUGUUUGGCUCUUUUUCCAGCCGGGAAAUGCGCGAGGGGAUCCCAUGGUCAGUCCGUAUCGACAUGUUGUUUAGAGUUCGACGAACAGCGGGCAGUGUUAGCAACACGCGCACACCGCAUCAAACCACCAAGACUGUGAAAGGUAUGACGUCUUUGGAUUUCACAUCAUCACACCUACUCAGCAGUGUCUGCUUCAUUCAGGACCGAUCAUUGGGAUUCACCCACACUUAGCAGCAUGGCCUACUCGAAUGACUCUUCAAGAUGGGUCGUGACUCGCUGUACUCAUUCACUCAAUGCAAGCCGUUAUACUUCCCCUAUAGGACUAUUAAUCAGUUCACACUCCAUAUCUUAAUAGAAACCCAUAAGGUUUCAGAGUUUU